GGGGGGCGAGGACGCGGGCACCGGAGGACCGGCGGCGUGUCCCCGGGGUGAGGAUCCUGCGGGGUUGGGAACGCUCCAAAGGGAGAGAGACCGUGCACCCCUUGGGGUCGUCCACAACCCGAGCCCCCUGUGGCUGGGGGUCCUGGUUCGGAGAGGCCACCCCGCCGCUGGGGCGCGAGGAGGAGCCGAGGGGCGGGGACUGGUGCUGGAGGAGGGCUGGGGUGGGGACGCCUGGGAGAACCGGGUCGCAGCAGACAGACGCACACAGGUCCCUGGAUGGUUCGAGAGCGUUCUGCUGCCACCACCUUUUCCGGGCACAGCACGGAUUUGACAGCUCCACGACGUGAGGACGUCCGUUGAGCUCGCCACCCCGCGAUCGCAGCCCCCCAAGGCCCCCUGUCCAGCCGCACCAGCGCCGCAAGAUCGCAACUUUCCAACUUUGGUUUUUGCAUUUUUUUUCCUGCUCCCACCCCCCAGUCCCCGGCCCGAGGGCCGCCUCUGCGUGCAAGUGGAGGUUGCGAGGGUGAGCGGACUUGCAGGGGCCACUGAAAGCAUCCGUUUCCAAAGACACACUCCGGGGUCCAAAUGUCACUCAGACGUGCGUUUUCAUGACGACUGCGUUUCUCCGGCUCUCUUCUCCAUCUCUCAUUUUGAAAUACCAAAGUGCUUGGUGGGGCAUGCAAAAAUCAAGGUAACCGAGGAUUGCCAAGGAAAAGCUCCCGAUUGUCAUGGCUGAAGGAGAACAUGAAGUGAGAUGGGACGGACUGUGCAGUCGAGAUUCAAGUACAAGGGAGACAGCGCUGGAAAACAUUAGGCAAAGCGUUUUCCGAAAAGCCGAGUACCUCCGUUCGAUGAAAGAGACGCUUCAUCGUCCAUCAGACGGACUUUCAAAUGCUGUGUCUUUGGAUGGGCUGAAUAAACUUCUUGCUCAUUUGCUUAUGCUGUCUAAGAGGUGUCCCUUUAAAGAUGUAAGAGAGAAAAGUGGGUGUAUUCUGAAGAGCGUCGAGGAACUUGGAAUUAGAAUUCCUCGACCACUAGGACACGGACCAAGCAGAUUCAUCCCAGAAAAGGAGAUUCUCCAAGUGGGGAGUGAAGACGCACAGAUGCACGCUUUAUUUGCAGAUUCUUUUGCUGCUUUGGGCCGUUUGGAUAACAUUACGUUAGUGAUGGUUUUCCACCCACAAUACUUAGAAAGCUUCUUAAAAACUCAACACUAUCUUCUGCAGAUGGAUGGGCCGUUACCCCUACAUUAUCGGCACUACAUUGGAAUAAUGGCUGCAGCAAGACAUCAGUGUUCCUACUUGGUGAACCUGCAUGUAAAUGAUUUUCUUCAUGUUGGUGGUGACCCCAAGUGGCUCAAUGGUUUAGAGAAUGCUCCUCAAAAACUACAGAAUUUAGGAGAACUCAACAAAGUGCUAGCUCAUAGACCCUGGCUUAUUACCAAAGAACACAUUGAGGGGCUUUUAAAAGCUGAAGAACACAGCUGGUCUCUUGCAGAAUUGGUACAUGCGGUAGUUCUACUCACACACUAUCAUUCUCUUGCCUCAUUCACAUUUGGCUGUGGAAUUAGUCCAGAAAUUCAUUGUGAUGGUGGCCACACCUUCAGACCGCCUUCUGUUAGUAACUACUGCCUCUGUGACAUUACCAAUGGUAAUCACAGUGUGGAUGAGGUGCAGAUCAACUCAGCAGGAAAUAUUUCGGUAAGUGACUCCUUCUUUGAGGUUGAAGCCCUCAUGGAAAAGAUGAGGCAGUUACAGGCAUGUCGAGAUGAAGAAGAGGCAAGUCAGGAAGAGAUGGCUUCCCGCUUCGAAAUGGAGAAGAGAGAGAGCAUGUUUGUCUUCUCCUCAGAUGAUGAUGAGGUUACACCAACAAGAGACGUAUCACGUCACUUUGAGGACACUAGCUAUGGCUAUAAGGAUUUCUCUCGACAUGGGAUGCAUGUUCCAACAUUUCGUGUCCAGGAUUACUGCUGGGAAGAUCAUGGUUAUUCUUUGGUAAACCGUCUCUACCCAGAUGUGGGACAGCUGAUUGAUGAAAAGUUUCACAUUGCUUACAAUCUUACUUACAAUACAAUGGCAAUGCACAAGGAUGUUGAUACCUCAAUGCUUAGACGGGCUAUUUGGAACUAUAUUCACUGCAUGUUUGGAAUACGAUAUGAUGACUAUGAUUAUGGAGAAAUUAAUCAGCUGUUGGAUCGUAGCUUUAAAGUUUAUAUCAAAACUGUUGUUUGCACUCCUGAAAAAGUUACCAAGAGAAUGUAUGACAGCUUCUGGAGGCAGUUCAAGCACUCUGAGAAGGUUCAUGUUAAUCUGCUUCUCAUAGAAGCUAGGAUGCAAGCAGAACUCCUUUAUGCUCUGAGAGCCAUUACUCGCUACAUGACCUGAGGCCUUUCUUCCACUAAAGAUGAUUCUGGAAUGAACAGCACAUGUAGUCUACAAGGGGAUGGUUCCAAGCCCCAGGACCAAUGGUAGACAAAUGAAUCCAGAACCCAUUGUGCCAUGAUUCCUUUAGUGUCUGCCAUCUCACCAUGGGAAUGUCAUCACUGGCACGAGCCAAGAGUGCUUGGCAGCUUCGAGGUUAGAGCUGUGAAGAAAGGCUGCUGUUCACAGUGUUUUGCUUUUUGACAGUACAAGAUGCUGUAUAAUUGUUCUAAUACAGCAGCUAGUAAUUCUCCAAAUCCCAUUGCUUUGAUGUUGAAUAACAAGAAUCAGAGAGAGUAACGAAUGGGGCUUGGAUGAUGACUAAGAGUUAUACUGAAAGAGUUUUAGAAGAUCUUGGUGCUGCUAUCCUGGCUGGUGGAAUGACUAGAUGGCUGUUCCAGUUAAGCUACUCAUAAUUAAAGUGAACACUGCUACUAUCUGAGCCUACAUACAUAAUUUGUGUGGUUUCAAAUUAAACUUGCAAACAUUUUUUUUUUUUGCAUCUAAAAAUACAGAAUUAUUACAGCUCAGCGAAGAUCAUUUUGAGGGUAACAGUUCAUUUCUUUUAUUAAAGUUUUUAAUUCAGUUAUUGGAUGAUACUCAAUUACAGUGGCAUUCUGAAAAGAUUUUCUUCAAAGAGCAUUCUUCAAAUAAAGUGUGGAUUAUAAGAAAAACUGGUUAUCUUCUGAUAGGCUAUUUCACAAAAUUCUCUGACACUGGAGGGCAGCUGUCUUGUGCAGUAUUUUUGUUUCCAGCGCCAAAGUUAUGGGAAAUGCUGCUGUAAAUGCUGCGCAGCCCCGGGGGCGCUCUGUUCCUGUGUGCCUGCUGGCCUCGUGGUCCCUACUUUAAAAGCGUGCAGCUCCUUAAGUAAUAAAGCUGGAAAAUAUGUUUAGUGAAGUUAUCAAAUUUGAUUUACAAAAAAAAAAAUGCUAACUUUGAGAUAAAAACAGGUUUGAAAAAAUGUAUUAAGUACUUUGUAUUCUGGAAGCGUGAGUUGCUUUUGAAGUCUGUCAGUAUUACUGGUAUUUUUCAAUAAAGAAUAAUUUUCUCCAA